UUUUUUCAGACCUCAAAUACUGCAAAGAAAACCCAUUCCGAUUAACUUUUAACCAAUACAACAGUAAUAUUUCUACAUGUAUUUAGGAAAAGUAAAAAAAAAUGUUUUAUGUGAUAACCUUGAUUUUUAUGUGUCUUGUCAUGCUGUCAGUCUUUCAUAUUGCUGUUAGAUGACUUUGUCACUCCUGAGGUUUGAUUUUGUUAAAAUUUAACAGACACUGAACUGGAAUGGUCACAAUACAUCUAGAAAUGCAGAUCAAGUUUGAAAUGGUCUCUUAAAUGUUUCUGCGGAUGUAUAAACCUUUCAAUAAACCAUUCAAGGUAGUAUUUUAUACGGUUAGGAUGGCAUAUUGACAUUAUAUAAAACAUUUUGUCUUACUCUGUAAAAAAUUGACUUAUUACUUUUUUUUCAGUUUGUCGACAGUUAUAGCACUACUCCUUUGAAAUACAUAACCACAGACCAAAUGACCUUCAGAAAUGGCUCUGUUAUUGCUGGGGCUGAUCUGCUGUUUGUGGGACCCUGGAACUCAAUGAUCGUGGAAAACCAGUUUAUUGCAGGCUACAAUAAACUACUCGCAAAAUCCGAACCAAAUCUAACCAUUGACACCAAUUUUUUUAAAAGUGAAGUCCCUACUCCCUUACCAUUGACACAAGACACCACCACACCAGCUUCAACAACACACCUCACUUCCACUUCAGACAUCACAACACACACUACAUUCCCCAACAGUACAUCCACUCAUUCUCCAACAGAGACAACCACACACACCCUACACUCCUCCAUGACUCUGAACCCCUCCUCAACACCCCUUAACACCACAAUGCACCCAAACACCAGUGCAACUCAAUCACCAAAAAACAACACAAACAUCAAUGGCACAACCACAGCGGCCCCCAGCGGCACCAACACCACUACACCCCACCACAACACCAACACCACUACACCCCACCACAACACCAACACCACUACACCCCACCACAACACCAUCAUCACAUCAUCCCCCCACAACGGCACCAUCAUCACAUCAUCCCCCCACAACGGCACCAACAUCACAUCAUCCCCCCACAACGGCACCAUCAUCACAUCAUCCCCCCACAACGGCACCAACAUCACAUCAUCCCCCCACAACGGCACCAACAUCACAUCAUCCCCCCACAACGGCACCAACAUCACAUCAUCCCCUCAAAAUAACACGAACACCACUACACCCCACAACGGAACCAACUUCACUACACCCCACCACAGUACCAACACCCCCACACCAUCCAAUGCCACGAUCUCAUCAUCUAUUCCCAACAUAACCAACAGCAUCUCGACGAUCAGUUCCAGACCAACAGAUUCACUGACCACAGCUGGUGCUCUGGUACCUGGCUGGGGCAUCGCUCUGUUAGUGCUGGCAGCCAUAAGUCUCCUGCUUCUCAUCAUUCUUCUCAUCAUUCUGCUGGUGAUGUGCUGCUGUUGGCCGAACAAAAGGACUGACGUGAAAGAGCCAGAAGUCAUUAUUCCACCCAUGUACUUCAAUCCAGACAUCCCCAUGUACUCGACACACAGCACAAUUGAUUCACCCAAUGGCAAACAAGUGUUUUUCUCCAUUUAUAACAAAACUUCUCUGGAAUACAUAAGCACAGACCAGAUGAUCUUCAGAAAUGGCUCUGUUAUUGCUGGCGCUGUUCUGCUGUUCGGGGUGUCCUGGCUCAACCCAUCGCUCGAGAAAAACCUGUUUAUUCAACGCUACAAUGAAAUAAAAUCCGAACAACAACUAACCAUCGACACCAAUUUUGUUAACGGUAAAAUAAACAGCAAAUAA